AUUCCAAGACACCUAAAGGUACCUAUCCAUGGUAUAAAUUUUCUUAUAGUGCAAGUAUAAGGAGAAGAAAUUGAAGAUUAAAAAGCCAGCAUCCGCUCAUUAAAAAUGCAUUGACUAAUACAAAUCACCACCAACUUUAAUGAGAACGACACUGAUAUGAUCUCUACCUAACAGUCUUACACUAACAACUAUUUAAUUAUUGUUUACGCGUUGGCUAGACAGAAGAUACAUAGGGAAAGAACAAUGAGUCUCAAGUUCAUUCUAUUAAUAGCUUCACUUUCACUUUUACUUUUAUGUAUCGCAUCUUCUGAUUCGGCAAUCCUUCCAUUUCUCAGAAACCAGAAACUUCUCAACGAAGAAGUUGGAAAAAUUCACAUUCACAAGGAAAACAAGAUCAGCGUAAAAGUCAGCCGUUCACCUCAUGCCAAAGGCAGAAAUUGCUGCAAUGAUUAAAAG